AUCCGGUUACGCCAUCAGUUUUCCCCACAGAUCUAGCGCCGGCGCACUUGAACACAAACCUUUGGACUACAAUCACCACCAGGCCCCUGGCGGGCCGUGCCGGCCACGAUGCGCCUCAUACCGACCAACCCGCUCAUCCUCCUCUCCUCCCUCGCGACCGCGGUCCUCCCUGCAAGUGCCGAAUAUGUCCUUCGAUCAACUUCGCUCGCGGCAUGCCAGGAAGAUUCGGGGUUCACGGCGAGCCUGUUCGAUGUCGUCUUCACCCCGGAUAAUCUCACGGCCUCGGUCAACAUGAUCGCGACGUCGUCUAUCGAAGGCCAUGUCAUCUUUGACAUUUCCAUCUGGGCGUAUGGAUAUCCCAUCAUCCACACAAUCCUCGACCCUUGUAACGCCAACCUCCCCGGCCUGUGUCCCAUGACAUCCGGCAAGAUGGGCAACCCAUUCAACCUCCCGGUUACGAGAGACGCCAUCCAGCAGAUUCCUUCCAUCGCAUACACAUUUCCCGACCUCGACGCGACCGUUCAGGUGUUCAUCAACAGGACCGAUGGAGAUCAGGCUGGGGAGAGUGUUGCCUGCCUGGAAGCGAACAUCUCCAAUGGAAUGACGGUGGAUCUCAUCGGCGUGAAAUGGGCAUCUGCGGGCGUGGCCAUCCUGGCUAUCAUCUCCUCCGCCAUCAUCAAUGGGCUGGGCUACUCGAACGCCGCCUCGCAUAUCGCCUCCAACGCUCUUUCGCUGUUCGGCUACUUCCAAGCGCAGGCCAUGCUCGGUCUCUGUGCCGUGCCGCUUCCUCCUGUCGUCAAGUCGUGGACCCAGGAUUUCCAGUGGAGCAUGGGCAUCAUCAGGGUCGGCUUCAUCCAGGACAUCCUGACAUGGUAUCAGCGGUCCACCGGCGGCACGGCAUCCACCAUCCUCGACACCCUUCACACCGUGUCGGUGCAGGUCGAGAAGGUCAAGCGUUCCGUGCCAGUGGUGGAUUCAGCCGUCAGCCUCGUUCGGCGGUCGGCCAACACCAUCGUCAAGCGGGCGAUUGAGACGUCGUAUGGAAGCUACAUUGUCUACGGCAUCCAAAGAGUCGCAUUCCGGGCCGGCAUUGAGACGACCAAUCUCUUCCUCACAGGCUUGACCUUCUUCUACAUCUUUAUGAUCUUCGCGGCUUUGUGCGUGGUGUUGUUCAAGGGACUCUGCGAGUUGCUUGCAAGGAUGAAUCUCCUCAAGAGCGACACUUUCUCCGAGUUCCGCGCCGGGUGGAUGACCGUCCUCAAGGGCGUCCUUUAUAGAUGGCUGCUCAUUGGCUUUCCCCAGAUUGCCAUCCUCUGUCUGUGGGAGUUUACGCAGAACGACUCGCCCGCGGCUAUGGUGUUGGCCGUCUUCUUCUUCUUUGGUAGCCUUAUCACUCUUGGUUAUGCUGCUUACAGGGUGAUCCGUAUUGCCCGCCGCUCGGUCGCACUCCACCGGAACCCGGCGUACAUUCUCUUCUCUGACGCUCACGCGCUCAACAAAUGGGGCUUCUUAUACGUCCAGUUCCGCGCUUCGGCAUACUACUACAUCGUGCCCCUCCUCGUUUACACCCUGGUCAAGGCCAUGUUCAUCGCCUUCUCCCAGCGUGCCGGCACAGUCCAGGCCGUAGCCUUCAUCAUCCUCGAGGCGGCGGCUCUGAUCUCGGCCUCAGUCUUGCGGCCAUGGAUGGACAAGAGUACCAACUCGUUCAACAUUGCCAUAUGUGCCAUCAACUUCAUCAACGCCAUCUUCUUGUUCAUCUUCACCGACGUGUUCGGGCUGCCGAGGCUGGUGAUUGGCGUAGUGGGUGUCGUUCUCUGGAUCGUCAACGCCGCCUUCGCGCUCAUCCUCCUCUUGAUGCUCAUCGUCACAACCGGCAUCGUGAUCUUCCACAACAACCCCGACACGCGGUACCAGUUCAUGAACGACGACCGCACGUCCUUCAUGAAGUCGCAAACGCACCUCACCACGGCGAACGAGCUCGACGCGUUGGGUGCCACGGCCCGCGGCGACGGCAAGCUGUUGAAGAGGACCGACCUGGACGACGACGAGUCGGCCUUGUCGAGCUCGGGCAACGUGGCCCCUCCUCGUGCCGGGUCGCCGCAUUCCGGGCCGUACUCGAACCGGGAUUCCCUAAGGGACUCGGCGCGGAACUCGAUGCGGAGCUCGUACCGCGCGCCGGUCGACCCCGUGUCGGGCACCUACGCGGCCGAGCCGCAGAACCUGCGAAACCGCGCGAGCGGCAGCAUGCGGGCGCCCAGCCCGUAUGGCGCGUCGGCGUCGUCGACCAACCUGUCGGGGAACCACUCCCAAGGCGGGGGAGCACAGGCGGGCCCUAGGCCAACCGGGCCGAAGUAAUUCGUGGCAGCGAGGCGCCGG